AAAAGCCUCGGGUCCGGGCAGCACAGAAAGUCUGGCUCCAAGCUCAGAGCUGCUCUGGGUGCGAACGGCCCGACCGUUCCCUUGCGCGCCCCGCAGAGGGACGAGCUCCAUGCGGCUGCCCACCAUGUCCGGGCACUUUCUGCUCACUCCCAUCCCGGAGUCCUCUUCUGACUGUCUCCUGCCCAAGGACAUCAAGCUGGCAGUGCUGGGCGCCGGGCGUGUGGGCAAAAGCGCAAUGAUUGUACGCUUCCUGACCAAACGAUUCAUUGGUGACUAUGAACCGAAUACAGGCAAGUUAUAUUCCCGGCUCGUCUUCGUCGAGGGCGACCAGCUGUCCCUGCAGAUCCAGGACACACCUGGUAGCUUCCAGGCCCAAGACAACCUCAGCCAGGCAGUGGAUUCCCUGUCCAAGUGUGUGCAGUGGGCAGAUGGCUUUCUGCUGGUCUAUUCCAUUACGGACUACAACAGCUACCAGUCCAUCCGGCCCCUCUACCAGCACAUCCGGAAGGUCCACCCUGACUUGAAAGCCCCUAUCAUCAUUGUGGCAAAUAAGGGAGACCUCCUGCAUGCCCGGCAAGUGCAGACACACGAUGGUAUUCAGCUAGCCAAUGAGCUGGGCAGCCUGUUCCUUGAAAUAUCCACUAGUGAGAACUAUGAAGAUGUCUGUGACGUGUUUCAGCAUCUCUGUAAGGAAGUAAGCAAGCUGCACAGCCUCAGUGGAGAGCGGAGAAGGGCCUCCAUCAUUCCCCGGCCUCGCUCUCCAAACAUGCAGGACUUGAAGAGGCGCUUCAAGCAGGCUCUGUCCUCCAAAGUCAAAGCCCCUUCCACCCUGGGGUGAAGCUUCUCAGGCAGACUGUGUCCUUUUUAUUAUGCAGUUGUGCAGCUAAAAACACUGGGUCUCUCCCUUUUUGAUCACAUGUUCAGAGUUUAUUUUUAUAAAGACUUUACUGGUUUUCAAGUGUAUGUGUCUUUCUGAAGUAAUUGUCUACAAGUUGGAUAGAGUUGUUUUGUUUUUUUUUUAAUAAAAGAACUUUUUUUUUUUUUUUUCUAAACUGUAACUUCUGGCCACUUUUCCAUUAAAGGCAAAAUGGCAACAUUA